GGAGAGGGUCUGGUAGUACGAGGAACCUAGCACGAACAUGGGUUUAGCAAUUACGCGAAUAUCACUGCUACUAGCUGCCGUCAGAGUUCUUGAAAUGGACGAUCAAACAGUUGACGAUCAUUUAGUGAAGGAUCUCGAGUACUGCUUGAUGUCUAGCCGAUUCAACACAUACACAACAAGACACGAGCUCGUAGUUCACAAGCAACGCGACUUUGUUGCAGAUUGUGUCUGCAAUGGAACCGUGCACGACCGAAUUACGUGGAAAGGCAAAGCUGCAACUAGUGAACGUACAGAUAUCGUCAACUCAGAGACACGAUCGGCAGAUCGAUACUAAGACUGCGUAACGCAUCGAAGCAAGACGAGGAUCAACUGUGUUGUCUUCAGGGCAAGCGUGGGGACUGCCGUCAUCUUGUUGUAGUCGACAAACCAAUUGUCACACUGUCUUCCCUAAAAUGCGGAAAUACGUGUACUGCUAGUGACGAGAACAGCAGAAGUGUCUGUAUCCAAUGUAAUCUGUAUAUAUCAUCAACCGACCAAACAGAUCUGUUUCGAUGCUCUAUGCAUGUCUUUAUAAACAACAACAAAACUUCAAGCUACGACAACGGCUCUUCAAAUAGCACAAGAACAGAUGUAUCUGGAAACUCUCUAUCUAUAAUGACUUACAAAUUUAGACAAGAAGUGCACAGCGGUGACGUUCUGGACUGUCGAUGGAUUUGUGAAGAUGGCAGUGUGAUAGAGUCUGAAUCCCGUAUGCAGACGGCAUGGCUUCAAGCGCGUAUCCAGCAGCUUGAUAGUGUCAGUGUUUCUGCAGUCUUUGCAAACCAAAAAACGACAUACAGCACGACGGAAAAGCAAGAUAUUACUUGGAUUAUUGUUCUGUCUGUAUUGCCACCUGUAGCAUUUACAGCAAUUGUGCUACUUGGUGUAGUCUGUCAUUAUCAAAGAAGACGGCGUAAUCCAGUUCUGCCUGAAGACAUAGAAUUUCAACCACUUGAGCAACAUGAAGAAAACACAGUAGAAGUGUCACUAUCACAUUCUGCAAAUGAAACACCGACUGCAAGACAGUUAACUGACGUUGCUCGCGCAGCAUCCGUGACUAAAAGAAGAAGUGAAUUUGUUGCUCUCCUAGAUUCGGAAAUGUUUUCCGUAUCGACCAUCAAAGUGAUACAAGAAGAACACAGUGAACCAUUUCAGCAUACUCGAGCCAUGCUGGAGAAGUGGUGCAACGAGAUGGACAGACAGGCAACUCGCCGUAAAAUAAUCGAAGCAUUGUUACAAAUGGGACUAACGAGACCUGCGCGUAAGGUAUUUGGAAAAGAGUUAGUAGAGUUCGUUAGGAAAACGAAAUGAUUAUGUAGACUCUAGAGGUAAUCUUAGACUAAGUUUAUGUUGGACAUUCAAAAACUAGAAAUCGAUGUAUGCAUGAAUCAACACUCGAUAUACUAUCUGUAUCCAAACAUGCAAAAUUAUACGAGCAAUGUACA